AUGGCGCCGAUGCUCAACGGCGAUGCCAAUCUCAACGGCACUCGUCUCAACGACACCCAUCUCAAUGCCACCAACGGCGUCAAUGGCCACACCACAGAGGCCAAGGGCACCUUCGAGCCCAUUGCAAUCUGCGGCAUGGCAUGCCGACUGCCCGGUGGGGUCAGCUCCCCUGCAGACCUGUGGGACUUCCUGAUUGCGGGCGGCGACGGACGCUGCCGCGUGCCGCAAAGCCGCUACAACAUCGCGGGCCACUACUCAGCUGCCAAGCGGCCCGGCACCGUGGAUGUGCAAGUGCCGCUGCUCGAACUGCAUCUAAGACGUUUCCUAACUUUUGCGCAGCGAAUAUGGCUAUUUCCUCGACGAGUCGGUCGACCUGGCGGGCCUCGACACGUCCUUCACGGCCAUGGGCCGUUCCGAGCUCGAGCUGCUGGACCCGCAGCAGCGCUGUACAUGUUGGGCGCUAGGAUCAGGUUGCUGCCGGCCACAAUGGCGCCCUCGCAGUCCCCCUUGGCAAUGGCGGCGCAGGCUUCGUUCAGGGCAAUCAUCGACGACGAGCACGCCGUGCGGAUCGUCAUGUUCGGCCCUUGCAGGUCCAGCUCGUGGGCAACACGUGCCGAAGCCAUAUAG